GCGGGGCUGAUUGCCUGACGUGAGUUGCUGAAGUGAGACAAGCCGGGAAGAAGGGCCUUGGUGGGCCGUAUUGGCGCGUGAGAAGGAUCCGGAAGCGAGUAAAAGGAGGUGGGACUACGGAGCACGUGCGUGUGCCCACAGGAAACGCUGCAGUCGGACUUAGCAAAGACGGCAGAGGAGGACGGCAGAGGGUUGCCGAGAAGACCGCGGAAAAGUCAAAAUGGGAUUCAUAUUUUCAAAGUCUAUGAAUGAAAACCUUAAGAGUCAACAGGAGUUCAUGCUCAUGAACUCUCGGCUUCAGCUGGAAAGGCAACUCCUCAUGCAUAAUCAAAUGCGUGAGAGGCAGAUGGCUGCGCAGAUUGCUUGGACACGGGAAUUUCUCAAAUAUUCUGGAACAUUUUUUGGGCUUGCAGCUGUGGGUCUAACAGUUGGGGCAAUUAAAAAAAAGAAGCCUCAGUUAUUCCUUCCAAUUGUUCCUUCAAGUUUUAUACUUGCCUACCAGUAUGAUAUGGGUUAUGGAUCACUUCUGCAAAGAAUGAAAGGUGAAGCAGAGAACAUACUGGACACAGAACACACAUUGGUAGAAAUGCCAAAAGGACCCCUCACUUUUGAUGACCUUGAAAAAGCCAGAAGAGCACAGAGCAAGUUUUUUAUUGAAAAAUAAUUUGGUCACUAAGCAGUACUUCAACGAACCAAAGUAUCUAUUUGUAAUCAUGUUGCUGACUUUAGAAGUUGUAAUCCAACAGUGUGUGCAUCUCACUAAAUCAAGCUAUUUGGCAGGAAAGACAGGUGGGGUGGGUCAAAAUCCAGAUCCUUGUUCUCCCUCCCAAAAAGCUGAUAGGCAGAAUUUUAAUUUUUAAAUUGGUCUAAGCAUUCACAUUCUCUGCUGUUGGAUCAGAGAAGAGAAUUAUGUGCACAACACCCUAGAUGGAUCAGGGCAAAAUUAUUUUGAAAAGGUUAGGGGGCUGCAGCAACGCAUAGACACCCUGCGACUUAUCAGAGAAGAUGAGGACUUCCUCGAUAGAACACAAGAGGAAUUAAGGGAGCGACACAAAGUACAGGAAGAAAGUGACAAGGAAGAACAGGACUGCAACAGCAGCAAAUCCCCGUGGACGACUGUCACUGUAAGGGCAAGGAAAAACAGGAGGGAGUCAGAACUGCUGCAACUAACAAAUCGCUUUCAGCGUCUCUCAGCAGGCAGCACCCCUGAAGAGCCUCAACAAACUCAACUGCAUCAAGACACACUGACUGCAAAGGAAGACUCCACACCCCAGAAGAAUUUUAAUUAGUUAGUAUAUGUUGGAACUGUUUUAAUCUUAACAUUUUAAAAUUUUAAUGUUUUAUAUUGUUAUAUGUAUAUUGUAUUUCUGAUGCUGUUCUUGUUCUUGUAAACCGCCCAGAGAGCUUCGGCUAUGGGGCGGUAGAUAAGUUUAAUGAAAUAAAUAAAUAAGGAGGCUGAUGCAA